AUGUUGUUUCCUACGCAACAAAUAUUGUCAACAUCGAUAGGAGCCAUGUGUACAGCAUUAUUGAUGACUCCAUUCGAUGUUGUUCGUAUUCGUAUGCAAUCUGAGAAUAAACCAUUUGCAAAGGGUGAUUGUUUUGUCUAUCGAACUGGACUAAUGGAUCAUGUUUGUACAUGUUUUAAUGGACAAGAUCCGGUACCCUGGUACAAUCGUCAAAUCAACGGAAAAUACUCUAGUACAAUCGAUGCUUUAGUCAAAAUAACUCGUAGUGAAGGUCUUAGAUCACUAUGGAGUGGUUUAUCUCCCACCUUAAUAAUGUCACUUCCAAAUACAGUCAUUUAUUUUACAACUUACGAGCAACUAAAAUGUGCUCUGGGUUACAAUAAAAAAAAUCAAAAUCCUAUUAUUCCCGCAUUUUCAGGAGCAAUGGCACGAAUAGCUGCUGUUAUUGUUACUAGUCCAUUGGAAUUAGUACGAACAAAGAAAAUGUCAGAAAAAUUAUCAUAUUCAGACUUAAUAUCAAAACUUGGAUCAUCAAUUGAAUUACAUGGAUUAAAAACAUUAUGGAGAGGACUUAUACCCACUAUCUGGCGCGAUGUUCCAUUUUCUAUCUUCUAUUGGAGUGCAUAUGAAAGACUAAAACUGUAUAUCAUCGAUUAUCGUGGAUAUUUUAAUACAUUGAAUGCUUUUUAUUGUGGUGCAACAGCAGGUGGACUAGCGACCGUGCUCACACAUCCAUUCGAUACUGUUAAAACCUACCGACAAGUUCAAAUCGGUCAAGUGUAUAGUGAAAACAGACAGGAGGGAACAUUGAAGAUACUGAAUUCAUUACAUAAGUCCGGCGGAAUAGCUGGCUUAUAUAAAGGUUUUGUUCCAAGAUUACUAAAAGUCGCGCCGGCGUGCGGUAUAAUGAUAGGCAGUAUCGAAUUUUUUCGUGGUUUUUUUCAAAGACGUUCAAUAAAUCCGUGA